AUGCAGGUGCAGGCACCAGUUCGCAGCCUACGGCUGCGGCUCUCCUCGCCACCAGGCAGCAACUUCCCGCUAAGCCAUCAGUGCAAGCCUAACGGGACGCGCCGGUGCGGCAGCCGUCGCUGGCUAUGGCGCCGCAGGUCGUCGUCGUUGAGGUGCCCGCCGACGCGACGCAACGGAGACUCCGGAGUAGCAGCGUUACUGAUCAACCAGCUCCGCUUCUGCAGAGUCGUUGCUCCUGAAGGGAUCGGAGUGACGCCGGGGGGAGACACUGCCCUCCAUGUGCUGGCCAAAUCUGGUACGCUGAAUCUUGAGCUUAAAAAAAAGGUCUUGGAGUGGACGAACAAGGGCCUUACGACACUGAAAGACGAGAAGGGGAGUACACCUCCUCACUUUGCCGCAGCUCUCCCAAGGGGGAGUCGAAAAGGAAGUGCCUGCUCGCAAACAUUUGAAGCUAACACCACUGCACUCUAUCAGCCUGACAAAGAUGGAUUAUACCCCAUACAUGUUGCUGCUUCUUUAGGUGAACAAGGGAGCAUCGCCAUGUUUGUGGAGAAGUGUCCCAGCAGCGCUGGCUUGUGUGACACUAAGGGAAGGACAUUCCUUCAUGUUGCUACUGAGGAAAAGCAGGUGUGCGUCGUUUUUUAUGCUUGUACAAAUCGAUCCCUAACAUGGAUAUUGGAUAUGCAAGACAAUGAGGGCAGCACUGCACUGCACCUAGUUGUCCAGGCUGGGAGUAUUCGUUUGUUCUCUGCUGUACUCGGUAAACAGGAAGUAAACCUUAAUUUAAGAAAUGCAAAAGGGCAAACUCCUCUAGACAUAUAUCUACAUAUAACAUUCCCUCAGGGUUGUCUUAUAAUCAAGUAA